UUGACUAUGGCAGCUCCUUCCUGACAGGAACCCCUUUACCUCCGCGGAGGCUUUGGGCCGGCCCCUAGCUUCUUCCGCUCUCCCAGCCUCUGAAGAGCCCCCUCCCCGAGACCUCUGCCCUUCUCUCACGGUCAUGGAGCUGGAGCCGGCGGCAGUGGAGAGCCCGGCUCCGGAGGCCGAGCAACCCCAGCCUCGCAGGCGCAGCGGCCGAUUGACUGCGUCCCGGGCGUCCAGUGAGGACGAGCCCGAGGCCCGGCUGGAAAAUCCCCUGUCGGGGCCGGAACCGCGGAGAAGAUACUCCCUUCGAAGAGGCAGUUCCUUCACAUUUCUAACACCUGGGCCACACUGGGAUUUCACUUUGAAAAGAAAACGAAAAGAAAAAGAUGAUGAUGUUGUAAGUCUUAGCAGUCUGGAUCUUAAGGAACCAAGCAAUAAAAGAGUUCGAUCUCUGGCCCGGGUCUCAUCAUUGGCAAAUUUAAUUUCUCCUGUGAGAAAUGGAGCAGUCAAACGUUUUGGUCAAACAAUACAAUCAUUUACACUUCGUGGUGACAACAGAUCUCCUGCUUCUGCCCAGAAACCAUUUAACAGGGCUACUGUCCCAACUCCUUCUAAAAGAAGAAACAGUGUAAGAUGGUCAGAAAUGUUAGAUAUCAAUAUGAAAGAAUCUUUAACCACCAAAGAAAUCAAGCGUCAAGAGGCAAUAUAUGAAAUGCUCCGAGGAGAACAGGACUUAAUUGAGGAUCUUAAACUUGCCAGAAAGGCCUACCAUGACCCCAUGUUGAAGUUAUCUAUUAUGUCAGAGGAGGAACUCACACACAUAUUUGGAGAUUUAGAUGCCUACAUACCACUACAUGAAGAUCUCUUGGCAAGAUUAGGAGAAGCAACAAAGCCAGAUGGGACAGUAGAGCAAAUUGGUCAUAUUCUUGUGAACUGGUUGCCAGGUUUAAAUGCUUAUAGAGGAUACUGCAGUAACCAGCUUGCAGCGAAAGCUCUUCUUGAUCAGAAAAAACAAGAUGCAAGAGUUCAAGAUUUCCUUCAACGAUGUCUUGAGUCUCCUUUUAGUAGAAAAUUAGACCUCUGGAGCUUUCUGGAUAUUCCCCGAAGUCGCCUCGUCAAAUACCCUUUGUUAUUAAAAGAGAUUCUCAGACAUACACCCAAAGACCACACUGACAUAAAACUUCUAGAAGAAGCUCUGUUGGUAAUGCAAGGGGUACUCUCUGAUAUUAACUUGAAGAAAGGAGAAUCAGAAUGCCAAUAUUACAUUGACAAAUUGGAAUAUCUGGAUGAUAAGCAGAAGGAUCCCAGGAUUGAUGCUAGCAAGGUGUUGCUUUGCCAUGGAGAACUAAAGAAUAAAAAUGGACAUAAACUCUAUGUUUUCUUGUUUCAAGACAUCCUUGUUUUGACUCGUCCUGUCAUACGCAAUGAACGCCACUCUUACCAAGUUUACCGCCAGCCUAUUCCUGUCCAGGAGUUGGUUUUAGAGGACCUGCAGGAUGGUGAUGUGAGAAUGGGAGGUUCAUUUAGAGGUGCUUUUAGCAACUCAGACAAAGCUAAAAAUAUCUUCAGAGUUCGUUUCCGAGAUCCUUUGCCAGGGCAGUCCCACACUUUACAAGCUAACGAUGUGUUCCAUAAGCAACAGUGGUUCAAUUGUAUCCGAACCGCCAUUGCCCCCUUUCAUCAGACCACCAGCCCAACAGAAUUUAAGGGUUUGUCAGAGCUCAAUAAGGGAUGUGAAAAGAACACUUUGGCAUCACACAUCAAGGCUCAAAGGAAGUCAUCAACACUUUCUGGUCUCAUUCCUCUAGAAGUGGAUGAAAAUUCUCCAGAAUAUGCUUCCAGUGUAGCUAUAAAUGAAGACUCCACAGGUAUAAAACCAUACCGAAUACAAUCUGGGUCCCAAAAAGCACAAGAGAAGGCCCAACUGAAUGAUAAAAGGAAAGAGACUUUGGUAUAAAUGGGACCAUGUACCAACUGAAGAAAAGACUAUAAAUAUGUAUAUUUUCCUUUCAUUCAAUGUGAACAUGUUAGAAUGACUUUUUUUAAUGGCAGCUACUGGUAUCAUAAUAACUUUGUUAAACUAAGGUCUGUUUUUUAAAGAAUAUGGAAUUUAGAAUUUCUUAAUUUGUCCAAAAAUCAGACAUUUUUAAAGUUUGGUAUAAUUAGAUUAGAAAUUUAAAAGAUAGAUUGUUAAUGAGUUCCAAUCUCCUGUGGCUUAUUUUUUCCUGUUAUUUUUCUCAGUUACAUGUAAAAACAAUUUUUAGCAUUUGUUUUUAAAAAUUGAGUCCCAAAUUAUUAUUCUAUAUCUUUUUACCCCCAGUGAGAAGGCAGGCAAUUUGAUAUGUUAUACAUGUGCAGUCAAGCAAAACAUUUUUGUAAUAGAAAGAAUUGUUGUGAAAGAAAACAUAGACUAAGGGGAGGGAAAAACAAGAAAAAUACAUUUUUAAAAAUCUGCUAUGGCUUCUUGAUACCAACAGUGAUAUUUGAAAUGUCAGCAAAAUUCAGAACUUUGCAAAUACUAAUUUUUUUGUUUUUAUUUUUGGGAGGCAAUUAGGAUUAUGUGAUCUGUCCGAGGUUAUAUAGCUAGGAAGUGUUACAUGUCCAAGGCAGGGUUUGAACUCAACUACAGGGCUAGUGUUCUUUUCCACUGCAUCAUCUAGCUUGCGCUGCAGGUACUACUACUUUCCCCCUCUCCCCCCAAAGCAAUUGGGGUUAAGUGAUUUGCCCAGGGUCACACAUCUAGGAUGUGUUACGUGUCUGAGGCCAGAUUUGAACUCGGGUCCUUCUGACUUCAUACCUGGUGCUCUAUCCACUGCACUACCUAGUUGUCCCUAUACUAUUUCUUUACCAGUAUUUUUUCCACAAACCUUGCAACUGACCUUUUCUUAAAAUUUGAGUUUUUUACACAGGCAUUUAAAAUCUGUAUAGUAUAUUUCUAUACUAUAGAAAUUCUAAAAUCUGAAUUGAAGUAGAAAUUCUUUGGAAAACAGACCAAGUAUUUCGAUAGUUUCUAUUUAACUGGAACUCUUGGAGUUUUGUUUUUUUUUUUUUUACUGCACAUUCUUCAUUUUUCAUUCACAUAACCUGCCAAUUAUUUACUUUUUUUUUUUUUCCCAUUGUACAGUAGAGUACUGCUAAGGAUUUUCUUUAUUUUUAAAAAUACUUCAUGGUGUUUCAAGUUGGAGUUUCUUUAAAGUUUGACUUUCCAUGUCUUAAAAUAUGUGUAUAUAUGUGAGUGUAUACAUAUAUAUAUAUAUAUUUUAAAUAAUUUUAGCCAUACUAUUUCUUGAGCCAGUACAAAAGGUGGGAUCUUUUAAAUGUAGCAGUUGGGGAGUAAAAAUUCUUGAUUAUGUUCCACACUACUGAAAGAGGAUUGCUGUAAUGCACAAAGAAAGUCUUAAUAUAAAAAAAGAGGAGAGGAGAAGGUCAGAUCGAUAAGUUUCAAAAAGGAAGAAGGGAGUGGUUUUGUCUCAAAGUAAAAUAGCUGGUCUCUGCAGAAUGUGAAAGAAUAAAGUAUUGAGACAAACCAAAGCAGGUCUAAAGCAAGUUGAAGAGGGUUAGAGGGAGAUGAACUUUAUUUGCAAGGUGUUAAGAACAGUAAAUAAGAAAAGAAGUGACAAGAAAAUUAAAUCUUGACAAAGUUAGCUAGUGAUAUUAUUUUAGUGGUUUAAUAUUACAGGGAAUAGACUUGGGAUGUCUUUCCAGAAUGUUUCCAGAUUAAAGUAUCUAAAAAGUAAUUAGAGUUUUGCUUUCCAUCUGUUGAAAAAACAUGUCUGGCACAUCUCUACAUUGGCUAAAAUUUUAAUCACAGCUUUUGCAAUGGAAAAAAGAGUUGGAAAAUUUUGUAAAUACAUGAAACCAAGUGAGGGGGUGUCUGUAUAAAUGAAUUAUACUAUUAAAAAAACCACAAACUCGCCCCAAAA